UCGACUCGGAAGUUAUACCGUUAGCAUUAGCAUUUAGCAGCAGUGCCGGAACUGGAUUUCACCACCGUUCGUUUAUUAAGCGGAUGUACAUUUCUAGAUGUUUCCUACCCGGCUUUUAUCAUUUAGGACACUGACUUUUCAGCUUUUCCCGCGAUGGAACAGCUAGCUGCUGCUAAUCUGGCCAACGGCUGAGGAUGGCAGCCCAUAAGGAGAACUCCUGUUUAGAGGAGAUCUCCUCAAAGGUGUGAAGGUUACAGCUCCUGCAGAAUUUAUUACCAUUGGAUACAUUACACAAUGGGAAGGAUCAGUAUUUCCUGCUUGUUUCCAGCAUCAUGGCACUUCAGCUUUUCUCCUGCCGUGUUCCCCCGCUUCAUGCUCCCUUCCUUCAGGCAGCUGCUCCUGCUCGGUGCAGUGGUGGUGCUUGCGGGUCUCCUCUACCUGUUGCUGGUCACAGGCAAAGGUCACAACAUCUGGCUCCAAGACAAGCACUAUCACAGACGUUUGUCACGGGUGACGGACAUGGAGGCCACCGACACGAGUAACCCCAAUCUGAACUACGGCGUGGUGGUGGACUGCGGGAGCAGCGGCUCACGCGUAUUUGUGUACACUUGGCCUCGGCACAACGGAAAUCCUCACGACCUGCUGGACAUCCGGCAAAUGAGAGACCAGAACCGCAAACCGGUGGUCAUGAAAAUCAAACCAGGUAUUUCUGAAUAUGCAACAACACCAGGAAAAGCCAGCGAUUACAUGUACCCUCUGCUAAGCUUUGCUGCUGAACACAUCCCCAAGGCCAAGCACCAGGAAACUCCUUUAUACAUACUGUGCACUGCAGGCAUGAGGGUUCUGCCCGAGAGUCAGCAGGAGGCGCUACUGGAGGACUUGCGAACGGAUAUUCCUGUGAAUUUCAACUUCCUCUUUUCCGACUCGCACGUGGAAGUCAUUUCAGGAAAGCAGGAAGGUGUGUAUGCGUGGAUUGGGAUUAACUUUGUGCUGGGAAGGUUCAAUCAUGUGGACGAUGGUGACGAAGUCGUGGAGGUGCAGGUUCCCGGUGGAGACCAGCAGGAGACGUUGGUGCGCAGACGCACGGCCGGAGUAUUGGACAUGGGCGGCGUCUCCACUCAGAUAGCAUACGAAGUGCCCAAAACUGUAAGCUUUGCUUCCCAAAAACAGGAAGAGGUGGCUAAGAAUUUGCUGGCGGAGUUUAACCUCGGCUGUGACGCUCAUCGCACUGAACAUGUGUACCGUGUUUACGUUUCGACGUUCCUGGGGUUCGGUGGGAACGCAGCACGCCAGAGAUACGAGGAAAACCUCAUCGGCAGCACUCGCCUUCAAAACAAGCUGCUGGAUCAACAUCGUGGUGAGACUCCUGACACCCCUGUGCUCGACCCGUGCCUGCCCUUGGACCUCCAGGACGAGGUGGGUCCCGCCGGUCAGAAGCUGCACCUGCGUGGGAGUGGAGAUUUCGAGCAGUGCCGCCUGCAGCUUCAGCCCUUCCUCAACCGCACCAACGAGACCAGCACCUCUCUGAACGGUGUCUACCAAGCCCCCAUCGACUUCACAAACAGCCAGUUUUACGGCUUCUCCGAGUUUUACUAUUGCACAGAGGAUGUGCUGCGCAUGGGCGGAGACUACAACUCCACCAAAUACGGAAAUGCUGCAAAGGACUACUGCGCCACCCAGUGGAAAAUGUUGAGAGAACGCUUUGACCGUGGCCUUUAUGCCUCUCAUGCAGACUUGCACAGGCUGAAGUACCAGUGUUUUAAGUCAGCAUGGGUGUAUGAGGUGUUCCACUCAGGUUUCUCCUUCCCUCGGGGCUACCAGAACCUGAAAACGGCUCUGCUUGUCUAUGAUAAAGAGGUGCAGUGGACUCUGGGAGCCAUUUUGUACCGCACACGCUUCCUACCUCUAAGGGACAUCCAGCAGGAGAGUCUGAAGGGCUCGCACUCGCACUGGCACCGUGGCUUCACCUUCAUGAACAAUCAUUAUCUCUUCCUGGCCUGCUUCCUGGUGGUGCUCCUUUCCAUCAUGCUCUACGUGCUCCGAUUGAGGCGCAUCCACCGCAGAGCCGCGCUCAACCGCGGGCCUUCCGUCCAGUGGCUGGAGGAAGGGCUGGGUGCUACAGACCUUGCUGUCACCUUAUAGGACAUGAACAAAUCAAAUAGUUGGAAGGGAACUUAGACUCUUUAGACUGAUUUUUUUUUUUGUUUGUUUUGUUUUUGGAAUAUGUUGUAGAGCCUAAGUCCUGUGAAUCCCACACCUCCCCAAGGCCUGAAGGAGGGUUUGGGGCUUUUGAAGCCAAUCCCAUCCAUCAUCCUACAUGAUUUGGGAACUGCUGGACUUGACUGAAUUUUGACCUCUCUUCCUUCCCAGGCCCCUACUGUUGGGAACGAUCCUGAAGUUUUUCAUUAUAAUGUUGAUAAACGACUAUAAAUGGUUUGAAUAGCCAGUGGGAAAAGCGUUUUCGGUGCAAUCGCUCUUCAUUGAGACAGUGCCUGGUGAGCCGCACGUCACGAGUUCAGUUUGGAUACGAAGCUCAGAAAAUUAAAGACGACUUCUGCUGCCUUUAAA